AAAAAAAAAAAAAGGAGAGACCGUUCGGAGACGCGCUGGGAAUAGUGAGUGGGAGUUGAAGAAAGAUAAGUCCAUCUCCGGUCUCCCUGAUCUGGUUAUGACACGUCACCCAGUCUCUCGCCACAAACAGAAAUCCAGGAACCCAGAAGCAGAGGAAAGCCUUCCUUCCAAACCAAAAACGCUCCCUCAGUGCUUUCGCCGACCGUCGCCCGCCGCCGCCUAUGGUUGGGCCUUGACCGGAAUCCCGCCCGUACGGACAAACCAAUCAUGGCAGUUUCCCUCAAUUCAGUCAUUGGGUUCAACUCCACGCUGUUUAAUGGGUUGUUCUUGUUGAAGCUGCAAGCCAAGCACCGACAGCAUUACUCACAAUCCCCUGCCGUGUCUUUGCCCGCAUUGUCGCACUCACUCGCACCAUUUCGCUCCACCUCGAAGCCACAACGUUUGAUUCCAUCAGUUGCAGAUAGCGAUCGAGUUGCCACGGACACCAGCCAACUCAAUGAUCCAGUCCCCAAUAAUGAGCAAUUGAAAGCCUCCUCCUCUGAAGAAGUUCAACCUCCAAAGCCAGCACCAGUACCACAACCAAGGCCCAAAAGAUCAUCACCACUAACAGCCAGGGAGAGAUUGAAGGCUGCCCGGGUCCUCAGCCGGUACCCGGAAUCGAAAACAACCAACCCAGACAUGGGGAAGAAAGUGCUUGAUGCUUUGAGGGAGAGUGAUAAGGGCAAGAAGAGGUCUAGACUCCCUGAAGCACCAACGAACAUGUUGGAUGAUGCUAAAAGAGGGAUGCCGAAUCCAGGGUGGACGUUUGACUUCCCGGGGGGUAAUGAUCUGCUGGUAAUUGCCUUCUCGUUUGUGUUCAUCAGCACUGUCAUGUUUGCUACCACUUUCGUCGUCUGGAAAGUUGGUGCCAUUCACUUCAACGAGUUUUGAAUUAUUUAGUUGUAGUUUCAGGUGCUGUAG